AGCGGAGCACCCAGCCACCGCGGCCGGUGCGAGCCGGCUCGUGCUUCACGUGUGGGGGGGGGGACCCCCUGCUUCCCUCUUUUUUUUUUUAUUUCUCGUUUUUUUUCCCCCAUCACUUUUUAAAAACCCGCGUGAGGAACGGAAGCGAUGAGGGGGCUCCUGUCGUUUUACAGGGGCACGUGCACCCUCAGUAACCGCCGGGCCAGGCGGGUAGCGGGGGCUGUCGGCUCUCGAUGCGGGCUUUGCGGAACUCAGUCAGCCACCAAGGCGCAGCCAAGAUUUGGGCUAUUGUUCGACAUCGAUGGCGUGCUUGUCCGAGGAAGGAUGCCAAUCCCCGCCGCAAAAAAGGCCUUUGAGAAGCUGGUCGACUCUCAGGGACAGUUUGUGGUGCCAGUUGUUUUUGUCACAAACGCAGGGAACUGCCUCCGACAAACAAAAGCCGACCAGCUCUCUCACAUCCUGGGAGUACCUAUAACACAGGAUCAAGUCAUCAUGUCCCACAGUCCCCUGAGAAUGCUGAGGAAGUUCCAUGACAAGUGUGUCUUGGUGUCGGGACAGGGGCCUGUUCUGGAAAUAGCUCAAAACAUGGGCUUUAAGAAUGUUGUCAGCAUUGACAUGCUGAGGGAAUCGUACCCACUGCUGGACAUGGUCGAUCACAACAGGAGACCCAAACUACCAACCAAUCCAGUCAUCAACCUUCCUAAAGUUGAAGUCGUAAUUUUGUUUGGGGAGCCAAUUCGAUGGGAGACCAACCUUCAGCUGAUAAUUGACGUUUUGCUGACCAAUGGUAACCUCAGCAGUGCUCACCAAAACCAAGCCGGGUCUCAUCUCCCCCUGCUGGCCUGCAACAUGGACCUCAUGUGGAUGGCUGAGGCUAAUUCUCCACGGUUUGGCCACGGGACAUUUCUGGUGUGCCUGGAGAACAUCUAUAAGAAGAUAACUGGCAGAGACCUAAAGUAUGAGGCUCUCAUGGGGAAACCCAGUGAGCUGACGUACCAUUUUGCUGAAUACCUCAUCAGAAGCCAGGCCAUGCAGAGGCAAUGGAAACAUCCCAUCACUUCCCUUUAUGCGAUAGGGGAUAACCUCAUGACCGACAUCUACGGCGCCAACCUGUACAAUCGCUACUUGGAGGAGAGAAUUGCUCGCAAGAACCCCAAAGCUGUCGCCAAGGUGGCGGCCGCCACCGGGUCCGCGGCCACGCUGCCCGGGGAGGAGGAGAUGGACAGCCUGUGGGAGAGCGAGCUGGCGCUGCCCUCCGCCACGUCUUGUAAGUCCAUCUUAGUCUGCACCGGGGUCUACAACCCCAACGCAGAGGUGCCGUCCGACGCCAAGCGCUGCAUCAAAGAGACCGUGUUCCACGGCCACCGGGACUUCCGCUUCGACCCCGCGCUGGUGGCGCCGGGCCACAUCGUGCAGGACGUGGGAGAGGCAGUGGAGCUCAUCUUUGAGCAGGAGAAGUUGGCUCCUCAGUGAAGCGGAGACUGGGCGUGUGCGGCGCACAGCAUCGAUCUGGGAAUGACGCCACUUAAUGCAGAGAUCUGUAGGAGCGCAGCACUGUGGGCGCGUGGCAGGAUGUAAGCUAUCUUCAAAACAUUCUAAAUCAGAACAGAUUUUAGAGAAAAAAAACGCUUCAUGUUAGUGUUCCCAUCACCUGCUAUUUGACAUUGUUUUGUGCUUGUCUUUAAAGACCCGCUCCUCACUAAGGAAAUGUGUACAAACUGCCUUAUUCGAGCCCGAGUUUUUUUGUUUGUUCUCUUUUUAGAUUAUAGAAAUGUUCUAGUUUGUUAAAAAUCCUGAAACCGUCCUAUAUUUAUUACGAGAAUUUGUCCGUUUUUAACGAGCAUUAUUGAUUAACCUUUGAUUUGUAUUAUUGGAUUUUUUAACUUGUCUCUUUUUUUUUAACCCAUUCAUCCUGGACAAUCUAUGCAUGAUAAGAGAAUAAUACCUGUACUGUAAAAGAAACCGUUUGAUGUGCAAUAUUGUCCUCCAAAUGUACUGUCUGUCUGCAGUUUGUCUUGUUGUCAGAACCAUGACCAGUAUUUGCACAGAACAAGGACUUUCAUCUUUGUUAAAUGUGUCCGUUUGCUCCUGUUGAUUAGAAUCUAAAACAAUAGUUUUUAUGUGUUUUUUUUUCAGUCCAGGAGCAAAAGCUAACAUGACUGUCAUUCAAAUGCAUCCAAAGCUUCCACCCUCCUGUUACUAGUAAUUCACUCAUUGUACAUACCGUAUCUUCAAAAAAUAUAAGGAAACUUAAGUUUGGUGAGAUAUUUGUGUCUUCUUUUUUCCCCACUAAGAAACUGUCCUCGAAAAGUGUUAAUCACUCCAAAUAGAGACACUCUGUA